GUGGAUGUAAACAGCAGACAGGGACACAGACAUGACCAAACUGGAUUUGUUGAACGUGUUUGUGAGCGACAGACUCACGGCCGCGGCGCAGGACAUUUUCCGCGCGGUGAAGGACACGGUGGCGGAGUAUCAGGGCGAGCUGCUGCGCGCCAGAGAGGAGAACGAACGGCUCCGACGGCUCCUGGACGCGGCCGUGCAGAGGCUGCUCCUGCGGCCAGAGUCACAGACGGAGCCGUCGCCUCAGAUGGGGGAGUGUCUGGGGCAUGAGUGGAGGUGUGCGGUGGAGCAGGUGCCUCUGGUGAAAGUGGAGCCCACAGAAGACGACAGGAGCUCCGCCUGCGACUCGCCGUCCGCCGCCGUCCAGAUCAAAACAGAGCGAAGCAAACAGGACGAGAGCAGAAACCACGCCGCGUCCGCUCUCGCUUUAACCAACCACUGUCCCACGAGCAGCGCCAACAGCGGAGACCCUCCCCCGCCCUCGCAGCGCUCCCCUGACCCCGCCCACUCCCUGCACAAGUGGCAUAACUGUGCGGAAUGCGGGAAAAGCUUCAGUUUCGCGUGUCAGCUGGAGGUGCACAUGCGCUGGCACACCAAAGAGAAGCCGUACCUCUGCACCGUCUGCCGCAAGAGCUUCACCACGGUGAGCAUGCUCAAGAGGCACCACCGCAUCCACACCGGCGAGAAACCCUUCCACUGCCACGUCUGCGGAAAGAGCUUCAACCAGUCUGCGCACCUCAACACGCACUUCAGACUUCACACGCGAGAGCACAGGGACAGCCGCGGGAGAGGAGGCCGCCGCAGCACCGCCCUCUGCAAAUGACACGCCCACAGAGAGCGGCGCGUUGUGUUUAGUCACUAGUGAAUGUUUUACUGUUCUCUUAUUGGCUGUGGAAUAAACUCUUCCAAAUUUCAAAUAGAUGGUCUGAAUUUCACGUGGAUUUAUUUAUGUUGUAGAGAUUUGGAAACACGUCUGUGCAGUUUUUCAGACGUGUUUUCAGACCCGGGACGUGUUUGGUUCAUUUAAAUCUUCUGUCUCUGUCACAUUUACCCUGAGUUUUAUCUGGACGCACUUUCACUGACAGAUCUGCACAAAUAAAAUAAAAUGUACAUGGUCUGAUGUAGAGUCGUCCUGCACUCAGCUCCUCUGCAGCAAACACUUUAAACAUGCUAAGAUCAUACAUGUGGAUCU